CAACUCGCCACCUCAACCUUGAACGUUGAACUCUUCGCCCUCGUCGCUGCUGACGACGACGACGACGACGACGACGACGACGACGAAAAGCGAGCAAAUACAGCGAGCAUGACUUCUCCAUACAGCUCGCGCUAUCCACGAGCGCCCUACCCGACACCCACCAAACCCCUAAACCUCUUCGCCGCGUCCCCCACGUCUGCCUCCACCACUUCCGUGUCGCGUCCCACUGUGAAUGGACUUAUGAGCACCAGCGGCAACCUCGGUGCGAAAUCAGCUGUCGAGACGAAUACGAGCACGAGCCCGAGCGCGCGUCCGCUUCGCGCGCCGGCUUAUAAUCCUUAUGAGAAGUUCACGCAGCCGGACUUCGACGCUUGGAUCGGUGAUAUCACGGGUGUGUUGAGGAGGGCUUUGGAGGGAAAUUAUGAGGAGCCUUCGCGCGAUGCGAGAAGGGAGGAGGAGGAGUUGUUCGUGAAUGGGGAUGCGCAGAAGCAGACGGGUGUGCAGGACGCGCUUUUGCGGGCGAGAGAAGAUGUCACCACGACCACUACUACAAUCACAACAACCACUACAGUGCAGCAGAACGGUGCCGUUACACAUGGGGAGGAUGAAUCAUCUGAUGAUGGUGAUAUUUUGGAGGAUUCGUUUGCGCAUGUUAAGGCGAGGAGGAAGGCGAAGGGGAAAGGAAGAGAUCCGAGGGAAGGUCCUGGGUUUGGGACUCGUGUGGAGGUGAUUGAGGGUAUCGAUGAUGAGGAGGAAGACGAGGAACAGGAGGAACAGGAUGAGGAUGAGGAGCAGGAAGUUUUGGAGAUUUCGUCAGGCUCGGAGGAAGAGGAGGACGGGGAGCCCGGAGAGUAUGACGAGGAAGAUUACGAGGGCGAGGGUGCGUAUGAUGGUGACGACGGCGUCGGACGUCUCCGUUACGAUGACGAAGAAGACGACGAGGAGGCCGAGCAGGAAUACUACGAAGACGAUGAAGAUGGCCAGGAGGACGAGGAAGAGGACGACCAGGAUCUUCGCGCCACGCAGUCUCAUGCUCGUGCUGGUCCGAGCUCAAGCCCCAUCAAGUCAAAACAGAAACCACAGGUCUACGAGCUCUUGGAUUCCGACGAGGAAGAGGACAUCAACGAAAUCACAUCCUCACCACCUGCACCGGAGCAACACGACGAUGCCGAAGAUGAACAAGAACAAGACGAGGAGGACUACGAAGAAUUCCCUCCUCAGCCACAAAAUGCAGACUCGGCGCUCUCGCCGUCCCCUGAGAUCGCCGAUCCUUGGGAGUUACCUAAGACCUACGCCGAAGAUUUGUACACAGGCGGAGAUCAGCUGGAUGGUCUUCCUCCGGACAUAUUAGGACAAGAAGUUGACGAGAUUUUGGAGGAGGAUGAGGAUGAUAUGUACAAACCCAUCGAGGGCGAAGAGGACAGUGACGAAGAAAUUCAAGAGAUACCUCCUCCCACAUCACAUCGCGCUUCCUCGCCACAGCUCGAACCGCAUGUGCACUUCACCCCUUCAUAUACCUCUUCACCAGCACCCGCCACCAGAACAAACAGGGAUGACGGGGAGCCCACACAUGCGCCUCCUUCCAGUUCCGAGCAUCAGUCCGUCAAUGAACGAGGUCUCCCUAAUCACCCGACGGUCGACCUGGACUCGUUCAGCUCCACCUACCCGGGUGGAUAUCCAUCUCCUGAAAACAUAGUGGAUUUGGGGACCGAUUCGGAUUUGGAAGAUGGGGAGGGUGCCCAGGAACAAGAGAGGAGGGUGGAGGAACCGGAAGUGAGGGGGUUGGAGGAGUGGAGGAGGAAGAAAGUCGAGGAGGAGCUGGCUGCUGCGGCAGCUGCGAGGCGAGCGAGGGGGGUGCCGAGCGAUGAAGAGGAGGAGGAGGCGGAUGUGAUGGAGCCUCCGCAGGAGGUGGUGGAGGUGGAAGACGACGAGAUCGAGGAAGUGGGAGGACCGAGCGCAGUGAUUCCUCAGGACGCUGAUCAAGUGGCAGUUCCUACCGUUGGAGACGCGCCUACCGUCGAAGUAAACGACAUUGACUCAACUUAUUACCACCCCACUCCCUAUCGCGGUGGCGAUACCAAUACCGAUACCGAUUUCGGCAUAACGAAAGAACAACUAGAUGCUUACAUAUCGUACAUGGAGGCAAACCCCGGCGCCUCAAUGUCGUCUUUCUGGCUCCGUAAUCGCGUGCGUCCCCCAUCACCCGACGCUGCCUCCCCCAAAUCAGAACCGGACUCGGACUCGGACUCGGAUAUAGAAGAACGACCUACUCGCUUCACUGCUGACGACUCGUUUGGCGUACUGCCAAAUACACCUCUUCCUGGUGCUGCCUCUGGCUUCGGUGCAAGUUCAAGAACCCUCGACGACGACUCGUUCGGCGUACUGCCGAACACACCUCUUCCCGGUGCUGCCUCUGGCUCCGACACACCUCUCCCUGGUGCUGCCUCUGACUUCGAUUCAGGAGCAGCAGAGACUGAUGCUCCGCCAUUGACUGAAGCGGAGAUCGAGGAGUUUUUGAGGAUUUAUAGCGAAGCCAAGAAUGAGGAAGAUGCCAGAGCGGCCGCGGCCGAUAAUACGCCAGCCUUCUUUGAGGGGUCUGGGGAAGGUGAGGGUGAGGGACUAGGGGCAGAGCUUAGUAUGGAGGAUAUGAUCGAUGUUGGUGCUGCUGCAGAUCUUGUGGACAAGGACCAGAGGGACGAUUCGAUCGCUUCGUCGAGAGAAGGAUCUGUCCAUCGGGAAGAGCAGGUGGUGUAUAUCGUCGAGGAAGACGAAAUACAUCAGCCCGAGGAGAAGGACGUUGGCCAGGACGAGGCCGAUGAGUUCCUCGAGGGCGAGACUCUUUUCCUCACCUCCGAUCAGGCCUACGAAGUUGAGGAAGCGCAAACGGAGGGACGAUUGACUCAGGAACCGGAAGCCCCAGCCGAUAGUCCAUCCUUAAACCCGCUUCCCACCGCCGCUACAUCUUCUGCACCCAUCGAAAUUAUCAUCGAAUCGCCCGACCUUUCUCGCGAGGCCGUACAGAGCGACGCCUCAGCCGCUCUCGACGACCGUACCGCACUCAACAUGUCUCUCCCCCCUCCCAUCGAACACCGAAACUCUAUGGCAGGCUCCACACUCCCUCCAGACCUUACUGCGGCAGAGGCAGAGGGCGCACACGAAGGACAUACGAACGACGGGAGUUUGUUCCCGGAUGCGCCUACGGAACCGCCGUUCGCUUUCUUGGGUCCCGAAACCGCACCGAACGAAGCAGAAAUCGAAACCGAAACUAAGGAAGGCGGGGAUGGCGAUGGCGAUGGGGAAGGGAGAGGUAGCGUCCCUGGGCCUAUUUAUGCGGACCCGGAUGUCGAUGAUCCUGCGAGCAUUCCGCAUACGCCGGCACCUGCGCCAGCAACGGAAACCACGGAGCAGGUCGUAUUUACACUUGAGCCUGCGUUGCCGGCUGUUCCCUCGUCAUCUGCUUCGGAUGAUGGACGGAUGGAGGCAUUGAAGGCUAUUCCGGCGUCGGUUAGGAGGGCGAUGGAGCUUGACAGUGGUGGGAGUGGACUUGGAACCCCGGCAUCUGGGAUGGGGAGUGGGUUAUUCACGCCUGUUGGGGACGGGACUGGGUCGCCGGAUGAGGAUGAAGGUGUUCCUAGGGAUGGCGAGGUUGCUAGGGAAGAGAAUGUAGGCGAAAGAAGGGAAGAGCUCGUAGGAGAAAGUGUGAUGAGUGGUCCUGGCCCUUCGGCAUUGGGUACUGCACCGGUUAUUGUGGCGAGUGAGAUUGAGGAGGAGUCUGAAGGCCUGGGUGAGGGUCCGGAUGUCGCGACUGAAGCAGUAGACGCAGUCAACGAGUAUGUAGCCGAAGGGCCAACGGACGACGUCGACGCUCGUGAGGUCGACGAGGACCAAGAACGCCCUCUUCUCUCCGUCGACACCGAACUGCCUUCCUCCUCCACCCAACCAAUCUCACCAUCCAGAGCCAUAUCCUCCACGACCUCCGACCUCGAGCUCGCCUACCCGUCCGGCACAGUCUCCGCCACCUCCAUCACCUUCCCCUCAGUGAACGGAACAUACGCCGCUUCCAGCUCGACCGCCGCUGUGGCGGAUGCGUUGGACGACGAGGAGGAGUAUGGGGACGAGGACGCGGAGGGGGAGAGCGAUGUUGAGAUUGAGGGGGGACAGGAGGUGAUGGUAUUUGAUUUGAAUGGGGUACCGGUGACGACGCCGACGAUGACGCCGACGAUUGAUAACGCUGAGAGCUCGAUUUCUCCCGAGAUUGGAGUUGAAGAGCAAGCGAUUGAAACCGUGCAGGAACCUGAGGUUGUGGAAGCAACGGAGAUCGUGCAAGAGACUCUAGUCGACACCACUAGCGCUGUCGCAGAGAAUGAAGUCGUGAUUGAAAGCGAGGCUGUGGUUGCAGAAACUGUUUCCGAACCUGUCCCAACGGAGACCGCAGAGCCAACAGAGCCCGUCGAGGAAGUCGUCGUGGGUGAAACUUCACUCGAGGCCGUCGUAUCACAAGAGGCUGGCUUGCCAGGUCUUGUUGACUCUGUCACGGAAGCGACCCUCGCUCAGCCUCUCGAGGAUAAUGCCUUACCUGCCACCCAGGUCGAUGGAUUGUCAGAUGCGUCGGACGAGUUGACGCCAGUCGAACUCUCACCAGAGCUCCCGCCCAAGACUUUGAAACGCAAGAGGGGCUCUGCUGAGCCGCCUUCAUUGACUCUCGAAUCUCGCGUCACCCGUUCACGGACAACGAAAGCUAACAAGACCCAGCCUUCCGCUACGAUCAGUCCGACUACGACCACUUCCUCACAAGGUGACAAGGCCGAUAAAAAGGCGAAGGGCAAAGGCAAGGGCAAAGCAGCGGCAGCGAAGAAAGGCAAAGGGAAGGCUAAACAGGUCGAGGAGGAGGAGGAGGAGGAGGAGGAGGAAGAGGAAUCCGAACCAGAAAGCGUCGCAAGUGCUUCCAGCGCAACUUCUGCCGCUAAACUUCUUGAUGGUGAAGACGUCGGCUCUCGUCAACCCUCUCGUGCUGCCUCUGUGGCUGGAUCGGAUUCGGCCAGCUCACUGGGCUCGCCGACGACGCUCGUCAGGCCCCCGCCGACUGCUCUACCCUCGCUCGUCCACUCUCACACCCAUAAUCACAGUUUCAUGCAUCACCAUCAUGGCCGUGCACCACCACCACCACCUCCGCCUCCUGUCGUCGCUCGCACGCAAACCCUCCCAGGUCCCGCGGAAACAUCGCGUGAAGCUUCGGCUGAUACUGAGAUCAAAGCUCCCAGUCGCUCACAACCCGAUCCUCCCCUCAAGCGUGGUCCUCCCAGCUACCAUUCACCUGUCACUCGCUCCAACUGCCGGUUCCACGUGAUCAGUCUCCCUUCCAUCGAGGUCAGCGAUACCGACAGCAAUGACGAAGCCCAGGCCUCCACCUCUAGACCUAGAAAAGAGGAUGUCGCCCGUUUCACUUUUAUCGUUCCAGGCUGUUCCCUCGGCGACGGUGAGCUCAUGAAGGAGGAAAACAUCAAGGACCACGGACUUGCCACGGAGGAUGAUCAUCGACGAAUGGUGCCCAGCAUCGAGGACCUCGAGUUCGAUGCGUAUCCCAUCGGCGUGCUCAGGCAGCUCGUUGGCGUCGACCUCUUGAGAGAGAACGAGGUGUUCUGGUUACCUGGGCCUGGCGAAAAGAUGAAGCGCAAGAAGCGACGACGGAUGACUGGGAGCCUCGCUAUCGGGCUGGGGAAGGAGAGUGUGAACAAGGCGAAGGGCAGCCUGGGCAAGAGUGCUGGAGGUAGUGUUCGAGGGAAGGAGAAAGAGUCGGCGGCGGCGGGAAAGAAGGCGAAUGCAUCGAGAGCUUCGAUGACCUCGAUGGAUCUACGGGCGUUCGCGAAUGGCCUUGGAAACGGAGAGGUCGCUGAUACCUCUGCCUCGGCACCCGUUGGAAGGUUUACCUCUGUGACUCCUAGUGUCCUCUCGACGAGGGAUGAUGAUGCCCCUUCACCCUCACCCUCUCAGCUGAAGAAUGGCGAUGACCCUGCCGCAGAGGUUCCCCGCCAGGAGGAGGAAGAGGAGCUCAAGAACGGAGACGGCCCCGUCUCAGAGCGGAUCGCACGCCGUGAGGAAGAGGAGGAAAAAGAGGAGAGCAGCGAGCAAGGAGAACAGGAGGAAGAAGACGAGCCUCAGGCUAAACGGCGCAAGCUUUCGUCUCCGCCCUUGGACUCCCAAUCGCCUUCAGCCUCAGCUAGUCUUUCAUCUCAACAACCAUCUCAGGGACCGAAGCCCCGUGGUCGGAGGUCCUUCAAGAAGCCUCUGAAUCCCGAUGCCCAGGCGUACAAACCCGGUGCUGAGGAUGAAGAAGCAGAGGAGAGCAGUGAAGAGGAAGGCUCGAAGAGGGGGAGGAAAAAAGUCGCGCUCAAGAAGCAACAGAACCCCGUCGUCUCUGACCUGCCUGUUGACUCCGUCGAUCCCGCUCUGCCCUCGACAGCUUCCUCUGCUGCUCCCUCUGCUGCUCCCUCUGUAGUGCCCACUCCUUCGGCUUCUGUUGUACCCUCUGCCGCUGCCUCCGAAGACGGAGGGGAUACACCCUCACAACCUACGGCGGAGAAGCCUACGAGACCGAGGCGAGGUAAGCGUCGCUCGAUUCAUCCGGAUGCGGCGGCGUACAAUCCGGCCAAGGAUGGAGAUGGCGAUGAGGCUGAUUCUGAGGAGGUGGAUGGGCGGAAGACGAGAAGAGGGAAAGCUGGCACGGGCAAGAGAGGACAGAAGAGGAAGCAGGCCGGUGAUGGCCAGGACGAGGCCGGUGCGAGCGUGAAUGGGGAGCAGGGUCCAAAGCCCAAGAGGAAGAGGACGAAGAAGAACACUCCUGUUACUGCUGCUGCUCCCCCUCCUGACUCAGCUCCAGUGGAGACAGCUGAUGGAGAGAAGGCUUGAUCUGCGGAAUAACGGAUGGUGAUAAGGUACGGCGAGGAUUUGGACGUUCAAGUUAAUCUGGCAUGGCUUGCAUAUUUGAACAUUUUGAAUCAUCUUUCUCUUGGUUCGUUUUAGUUUCGUCUCAAUGAUGUACCAUAACUCCGUAAAUAAGGACGUGUGACAUCCACAAUGAUAAGUGAGACUCG